AUGGCAGAUAAUGUCGGGUUAUCGGACUUCCUUGAUAUUCAUGAACCUACUUACGAUCAACUCACUCUCGAAUUCUUGAGUACGUUGAACUGUGAGUGUUGUUAUAAUAAUGUGGAAGAUAUAAGGGCUUGGCUCGAGAGCGAGUCGGAUUUGGCGGUGAAGCCUACUCCGGCUACCGAGGCGGCUAUCGAGGAGUUGGAGAGGUUGGCUGCUGGAGGAGAUCAAGAGGUUGAUUCUACUACUUGUGCUAUUUGUCUUGAAGAGGGAAGUAUGACGAUGAGUGUAAGGUUGCCUUGUAAGCAUGUGUUUCAUGAGGGGUGUAUUGUUAAAUGGCUUCGUAAAAGUAAUUCUUGCCCUCUUUGCCGUUAUGAGUUGCCUGUGGCUAUCGAUCAUCCAAUUGCACCAGGAGCUAGUUAA